AUGGCUAUCAGACCUGUGUACAGACCUACAAUCGUCAAAAAGAGGACGAAACGGUUUAUCAGACAUCAAUCUGAUCGCUAUGACAAACUUAAACGCAACUGGCGCAAACCUAGAGGUAUUGACAACAGAGUACGCAGGCGCUUCAAGGGACAGUACUUGAUGCCCAGCAUUGGUUAUGGAUCAAACAAGAAGACCCGUCACAUGCUCCCCAAUGGUUUCCGUAAGGUCCUGGUCCACAAUGUCCGCGAGCUGGAGAUCCUCAUGAUGCAGAACAGGAAGUUCUGCGCAGAGAUCGCCCACGGAGUCUCCUCCAAGAAGCGAAAGAGCAUUGUGGAACGUGCGCAACAACUAAGCAUCAGGGUCACCAACGCAGCAGCCCGUCUCCGCAGUCAGGAGAACGAAUAA